AUGGACACGGGGAAGCUUGUGAGAGUAGCUGGUGUAGGAUUCGUUCACAGGGCUCAGGAGUUUGGAAGGAGACUAGUGUUUGUGACUCUGUAUAGACUGAUGGUGAUUGCUGAGGUUGAUGGUGAUGGUGAUGAUGAUGGUGAUGGUGAUGAUGAUGGUUCGAUGUGCUGUGCGGUAGCUAAGAGGCCUUUUGUUGUCUUAAGCUUCUUGUGGGUUAAGUUUGAAGUAUGUGCAUUGUAA